AUGACAAGUAAAACCUCUAAUGAGGUGCAGGUGGAUGUCCACCGUGAAUCUAGCGAGACGGCCAGUUCAAGCGGCAGGAGGCGUGAACCACAUAGUCUGCUUGAACAAACGGCCGAUUCACGCUCUAAUGAGCAAACACAACUACAGCAAACCUUGGAGCAAGGGUUUGCUAAAAUGGCAACUAGUCUAUCUACGGCGAUAGAAAAUGCAUUUAAAAAUUUCUCUGACAAGUUCGAUGUAGAUCCUAUUGAGGACGAACUUCUCACAGAACUAGAAGAAGGAGAACUUGAAACUAAUGGCAGUGAUGGCGAAAAUGGCCGCCAAAACGACAGACACAGUCAGGAAGAGCCUGACGUCUCAGACGGCACUAAUGUGCAACGCAUGAUUGAACGAGCUAAGACUCAAAAUGCUACUGAACAGGCUAAAGAGCCUAGUGUGCUUGAUGGCAUACGUGGAGAAAUGAAAACGGCUGAAACGGGCCCCAAGGUUAACGAUGACCUUGCUGAAAUAGUGAACGGACUUGUGCAGAAAGGUUUAUCAGAAGAAAAACUCCAAGAUAAACUAAACAAGUAUCCAAGCCCAGAAAACUGCGAGGCAUUGUCCAAAGUGAGGGUAAAUCAGCUUAUUUGGGAUAAUUUACAACCAAAUACUAGGUCACAAGACCUUCGAUUUCAAAAAGUACAAACGGCUUUGAUCAAAGGCAUGGCGGCAAUUGUUCGCGCCACUGACACAGCGCUGGCACAUGUGACCACCUUGCCCGCGGGGAAGGAGAUUGUUGAAAGCAUGACUGAUGCUAUUGCUUUGUGUGCUCAUGCGAAUUCUGAGCUUAAUAUUCGUCGAAAGGAGUUGAUAAAACCUGACCUUCACGAAGAUUACAAGCAUUUGUGCUCGGCCUCAGUGCCUUCGUCUUCCCAGUUGUUUGGGGAUGAUCUCUCCAAGCAGGUCAAGGACCUUACAGAGGUCAAUAAAGUCGGUCGGAAAAUGACCAGGCAUAACAACAAACCUUAUGCCAGAGCCCCGGCUUACAGUUAUCGGGGACGAAAUCGUAACAUACGACCUAGGCCUUUUUUAGGCGAAAGACAGGUAGCGAGUGCGUCGCUACCCUUCCACAACAAGAGGUAUCAACGAGGCAAGUUCAAAAAAUUUGCAAACUGAGUUCAUCUACUACCGAAAAGGUAAGUCGAACAUUUUCUCACAGUAUAAAAAUAGGGGGUAGACUGAAACAAUUUAUUCACUUUUGGGAAAAAUUGACAUCUGAUAAAUUCAUACUUGAAACAAUAGCAGGCUAUAAAAUUGAAUUCAAGCCUGAGGCGAUCUGUGGCCAUAAUUGGUCUCGCAAUCCUGAAACAAAAUUUAAUGAUAAAGAACAAUGCAUCAUCGACAAUGAAAUUGAUAAACUUAUGUGCAAGGGAGUAAUUGAAGUUACACAGCAUUGUCAAGGGGAAUUCAUUUCCCCAAUUUUCAUUCGUGCCAAGAAAGAUGGCAGCCAUAGACUGAUAUUAAACCUCAAAGAGUUGAACACCAAUGUUGAAUAUCACCAUUUUAAAAUGGAAACCCUACAGUCGGCUGUUGCUCUAAUGAGACCAGGGUGCCAUAUGGCAUCGAUUGACCUCCGAGAUGCUUAUUAUUCUGUGCCUAUUGACGUAAACUACAAAAAAUACCUAAAAUUUUACUGGAAAGGCACACUUUACCAGUUUACAUGCUUGCCUAAUGGACUAGCUUCUGGCCCACGAGUGUUUACCAAGAUUGUAAAACCAAUAUAUGCUAUGCUUAGACAGCUGGGCCAUCUUAAUACAAGCUACAUUGAUGACUCUUAUCUCCAAGGUGACACUAGGCAAGAAUGUAAAGAUAAUGUUUUGCAAACUGACGAAUUGUUGAAUCUGGCAGGGUUUAUUAUCCAUCCAGAUAAAUCUGUCUAUGAACCUGUACAAAAGCUUACCUUUUUGGGGUUUGUCAUGGACUCCAUUAAAAUGCGAGUUACAUUGACACCAGAGAAAACAGUUAAUUUAAAAAAUUUGUGUUUACAUACCUUAAAGCACCCAAAGCUUACAAUCAGAGAGCUAGCUCACUUAAUAGGCAUUUUGGUGUCUAGUUUUCCUGGAGUGCAAUAUGGUCCAUUACAUUAUAGGUCAUUAGAAAUGUUAAAAUCUGAAGCGCUUAAAUCAAGCAAAGGAAACUUUGAGGCACUGGUUGCCAUUAAUAAUGAAUGCGUAGAAGACCUACAGUGGUGGGUUGAUAAUAUUGAAAAUGCUUUUAAGCCGGUUGAGAGACCCAAGGCUGAUAUCACCAUCCACACAGAUGCAUCUAAGAUGGGAUGGGGUGCGGUAGUAACUAAAACUGCAAUUGGGGGGCGAUGGACUAGCCUCGAAUCCCAAAAACACAUUAAUAGUUUAGAACUUAAAGCUUUGUUCAUGGGUUUAAAAUCAUUCUAUAGAAAUUUGCAACACAAGCAUGUACAAGCCUUUAUGGAUAAUACAACAGCUGUUGCUUAUGUAAAUUCCAUGGGGGGGACAAAGUCCACCCAG